CUUUGAUUUCGUGCGAGGGCGAGUCUCAAGGCGCGUGGCUUGUUGCCCCGAUCGCCAUGCAGAGCCCCCUGGCGCCGGUUUUCGGCCCGGCGGUUUUCGGCCGCGUGGUCGCGCUGCGUGGGACUCCGGCGGAGCGGCCGCUGAGCUUCGGGGCGAGAUACGAGUCCGGCGGCUGGCUGCGCCGCUUCGCCGCGUCGAGCGCGGUGGCGUGCGCUGCGCUGCGCGCCAAGACUUGGGCCAAGCUGCGGAAGGCGAAGACGCAGCGGCGGCGGCCGCAAGCAGCGCCGCAGGAGGUGAAGAAGGCGCCCCCUACGCUGCGGCGGCGGAUGCAGGAGAACCCAGACGAGGAGGCCAGGCGCUGGCUGGCACGCGCGGCGCAGCGCCGCCGCAACGCCGGCAACGCCGGCAAGGCCGCGGGGCGCGCGCCCCUGCGUGCGCUGGGGGAGAUGCGCUAUGGCCUGGCGGAUGGGGCGGAGGAGCAUCUGGAAGAGGAGCGCGAGGCGAUCCUGGACUCCCUGGAGUGCCGGGAGCCCGGCUGGCGCCAGGCGCUGGCGGAGGGCCGCGUGACGCUGCGCCAGGGCAGCGCCGUGUUCCAGGCGCUGGGGCGGAAUGCCUCGAAGCGGAAGGGGGCGAGGGUCCUUGAGCUGGCGCAGCGCACUUUCAGGGCCGUAGAGCUACCGGAAUCCGAGGAGGAGAUGCAAGAGGAGCUGCCGGAGCUGGUGCGCGCAGCCCUGCGGCUCUGCGCAAAGGCCAAGGGCGGGCAGCGGCUGGCAGAGCUGAUCUGGGACUGGGCCCAGGGCCAGGAGAUCCUGGACCCGGAGGCGGCGAAGGUCAUGCUCGGCUUCUGGGAGGCGCAAGGCCGCAGCGAUGCGGUGGACCGCCUGCUGCGGCAGAUGAACCAGCGCCGGGUGGAAAUGGACGAGUCGGUGCUUUCUACGCUCCUGUCGGCCGCCGCCGAGCGGAGUGACUGGCAGCGCACGGACGAGCUCUGGAACCUCCUGGUGCGUGGCUUUCGCGUGCCCGUGUCGCCCCGCGCCUACCUGGCGCGGGCGCGCGCGCACUUCGAGAAGGGCCGCGUAGAAGCAGCGCUCCGCGUGCUGGACGAGGCGGAUGAAGACGCGGAGGUGGCGCUGGAGCAGCUGCAGCUGCUGGUGAUUUUGUGCCACUCCUCCCCGUCGCUGUCCAACCGCCGGCGACUGGAGCGCCACCUCUCCGGCGGCGGAAGCGGGGGGAAGGGCGUGCAGAAGGCCUGGCAGUCUCUGGAGCACCUGGCGGAGGCCUUGCUCGACGAGACCAGGUCCAGCGGCGGAGUGCCCCAGCUGCGGCAGCUGCUGGUGACGCCCUGCGCCAAGCGGAGCAGUGUUCGCACCUGGCCGGAGUUCGCCGCCGCCAGCGAGUACCUCCGAGGCUACCGGUGAGCCCCAACAGGAGGGCCUCAAGCGCCUGAGGGGCGCGCGAACGGGAGCGGAGGGUUGGUCGGUCGAGCCUGUUUGGUCAAAG